AGCUGCCCAUAUUUUCUCAGAUGUGUUCAGAAUGAGGGGUUCAGUGGUUCAGAUAGUGCUAGUGCUAUUCUUCCUGUCAUCAGGGAUGGCUCAAACACCUGAUCCAUCCAUUGCUGCUAUCUGGAAUGAACUGAAAAUGCUGAGAGGCAUGGUGCAUGACCUGGGAACCAUUGUGGUGGAGCAGAGGGUAGAGCUGAGGAAUCUGGAGACCAGAGUGAGAGACACCGAAAUCCAGGCAGAGGAAGAGAAGAGUAAAGUUUUGCUUCUCACAAGCGAACUGGGGUACACGUUGAAAAAGGUGGAAGAGCAGAAAGCAGAGCUGGUGGUCACCAAGACCAAGAUGACUGAGCUGGAGAAGGAAAACGCAGUGCUAUCAGCAGAACUGUUGCAUGUUGGACAGAGAGUGGCAGCCAGUGAGAAAGACCUGGACAAUCAGAGAGGAGUGUUAAGUACCACUGAGAAACAAAUACAACUCCAGAGGAUAAUUGUAGACGACCUGGAGAAAGCAAAAACAGAGCAAGAAACCAGAUUAAAUGCCGUGGACGUCAGAAUGACAGCCACUGAAAAGGAAGCAGAGGGGCAGAAGAUGGAAGUUGUGACUCUGAGAGCGGACCUGAACAGCACAAUGACUAAACAGCAGCUCCAAAACAAUGACAUUGAGCAACUGCAGAAAGAGACUGCAGGCAAGACCGCUUUCUCUGUGGGUUUGACCGGUCGGGUGGGGCCAUUCAAUACGGACACCCACCUGAAGUACAGCAAAAUCUUUACCAACAUUGGCAAUUCUUAUAAUCCCACAUCAGGCAUGUUCAUCGCACCAGUCAGAGGAGUUUAUUACUUCAGAUUCACUGCGUUUGAUUACCGCAAUGGGGGACAUUUUGGUCUUCACCUAUACUGCAAUAACCAGAAAAUAAUGUCGAACUGGGAACACAACAAUAAUGAAGGCCAUUUGUACCUGUCCAAUGCAUUAACUCUUCAACUGAAUGAGGGAGAUUUGGUGUACAUGCAGCUUCCCUCUGGGUACAGUCUUUAUGAUGAUCAAGAUAAUCACAACACUUUCAGUGGCUUCCUUCUUUUCAGUAUGUGAUGGUGACAAAAACCCUAAAAUGAGUUUUAUGAACUACAACUCAGUUUAAAGACGCCAUUUUGUUGUUUCUAUUUACAAAGACAAUUGGACAAUAAAAUGGAUUUGGAUUUCAAAUUAAAGUUUUGACCUGAUGAUGGAGCUAAAUAAAAAGUUAAAUGAUCACCAAA